CUCCGUUCGCCUCUUCCUUUUGCGCCGGUAGUAGCGAGCAGCGCGUCCAUGUGCGCAUUGAUCAGGAUUUCGUAGUUCGCUGUACCUUCUGAAAACGAGCCAUAACAGAGUAGUCAUGGAUCCCAACGCCCUGAUCGAGGCCCUUCGGGGAACCAUGGACCCGAACUUGCGGGAGGCUGCGGAGAGACAGCUAAACGAGGGUCACUCCCAAGUGAACUUUGUGUCCACCCUACUGCAGGUCACCAUGUCCGAACAGCUCGACCUGCCCGUCAGACAAGCAGGUGUGAUCUACCUGAAAAACAUGGUGACACAGUACUGGAGUGAGGGGGAGACGGCAGCAGGGGAUUCCCCUGUUAGUAACAUCCCCGAGGAGGACCGGCAGUUCAUCCGGGACAACAUUGUGGAGGCCAUUAUCCACUCACCUGAGCGCAUCAGAGUGCAGCUGACCACAUGCAUCCACCAAAUGAUCAAGCACGACUACCCCGGCAAGUGGACGGCCAUUGUGGACAAGAUCGGUUUCUACCUGCAGUCUGACAACAGCGCCGGCUGGCUGGGCAUUCUGCUCUGCCUCCACCAGUUGGUCAAGAACUAUGAGUAUAAGAAGCCAGACGAGCGCAGCCCCCUGGUGGCCGCCAUGCAGAUCUUCAUGCCCAUGCUGAAGGAUCGCUUCAUACAGCUGCUGCCAGACCCGUCCAGCGACUCUGUUCUAAUACAGAAGCAGAUCUUUAAGAUCCUGUAUGCACUCUUCCAGUAUAACCUGCCGUUGGAGCUGAUUAAUCGGCAGAACUUGACGGAGUGGAUGGAGAUCCUGAAGACAGUGGUAGACAGAGAUGUGCCUCAGGAGACGCUGCAGGUGGAUGAGGACGACCGGCCGGAGCUGCCGUGGUGGAAGUGUAAGAAGUGGGCUCUGCACAUCCUGGCGCGGCUCUUUGAAAGGUAUGGUAGCCCGGGCAACACCACCAAAGAGUACAGUGAGUUUGCUGAGCUCUUCCUCAAGGGCUAUGCUGUCUCUGCCCAGCAGGUGCUGCUGAAGGUACUGUAUCAGUACAAAGAGAAGCAGUACGUGGCCCCCAGAGUCUUGCAGCAGACCCUGAACUACAUCAACCAGGGUAUCAGCCACGCCCUCACCUGGAAGAACCUAAAGCCGCACAUCCAGGGGAUCAUCCAGGACGUGGUGUUCCCUCUCAUGUGCUACACAGACAGCGAUGAGGAGCUGUGGCAGGAGGAUCCUUACGAGUACAUCCGCAUGAAGUUUGACGUGUUCGAGGACUUCAUCUCCCCCACCACAGCUGCGCAGACACUGCUCUUCACCUCCUGCAACAAGAGGAAAGAGGUGCUUCAGAAGACCAUGGGCUUCUGCUAUCAGAUCCUUACGGACCCCGCUGCGGACCCCCGCAAGAAGGACGGUGCCCUCCACAUGAUCGGCUCACUGGCCGAAAUUCUGCUCAAGAAAAAGAUUUACAAAGACCAGAUGGAGUAUAUGCUGCAGAACCACGUCUUCCCGCUCUUCCGCAGCGAGCUGGGCUACAUGAGGGCUCGGGCCUGCUGGGUCCUGCACUACUUCUGCGAGGUCAAGUUCAAGAGCGACCAGAACCUGCAGACGGCCCUGGAGCUGACCCGGCUCUGCCUCAUCAACGACAACGAGAUGCCCGUCAAAGUGGAGGCCGCCAUCGCGCUGCAAGUGCUCAUCAGCAACCAGGAGAAAGCUAAGGAGUACAUCACUCCCUUCAUCCGGCCGGUGAUGCAAGCGUUGCUCCACAUCGUCCGGGUAACCGAGAACGAUGACCUCACCAACGUUAUCCAGAAGAUGAUCUGCGAGUACAGCGAGGAGGUCACGCCCAUUGCUGUGGAGAUGACUCAGCACCUAGCCAUGACCUUUAACCAGGUGAUCCAGACCGGGCCGGAUGAGGAGGGGGGCGAUGACAAGGCAGUGACAGCAAUGGGCAUAAUCAACACCAUUGACACCCUGCUCAGCGUGGUGGAGGACCACAAAGAGAUCACCCAGCAGCUGGAGGGCAUCUGUCUCCAGGUGAUCGGCACUGUGCUGCAGCAGCAUGUUCUGGAGUUUUACGAGGAGAUCCUGUCCCUGGCGCACAGCCUGACGUGCCAGCAGGUCUCUCCACAGAUGUGGCAGCUCCUCCCCCUGGUCUUUGAGGUGUUCCAGCAGGAUGGCUUUGACUACUUCACUGACAUGAUGCCCCUCCUGCACAACUAUGUUACCGUGGAUACCGACACACUCUUGUCUGACACCAAGUACUUGGAGAUGAUCUACAGCAUGUGCAAGAAGGUGCUGACAGGGGAUCCAGGGGAGGACCCAGAAUGCCAUGCAGCAAAACUACUGGAGGUCAUCAUCCUGCAAUGCAAAGGCCGUGGCAUUGACCAGGUGGUGCCACUGUUUGUGGCUCUGGCACUUGAGCGGUUGACACGGGAGGUAAAGACGAGUGAGCUGCGGACCAUGUGCCUGCAGGUGGCCAUCGCUGCGCUGUACUACAGCCCCGCCCUGCUGCUCAACACACUGGAGAACCUGCGCUUCCCCAACAAUACCGAGCCAAUCACCAACCACUUCAUCACACAGUGGCUUAAGGACGUUGACUGCUUCCUUGGGCUACAUGACCGGAAGAUGUGUGUGUUGGGCCUGUGUGCGCUCAUAGAUCUAGAGCAGCGACCACAGGCUGUGACCCAGGCUGCCAGCCAGCUGCUGCCCGCCGCCAUCUUGCUCUUCAAUGGCCUUAAGAGGGCGUAUACCUGCCGUGCCGAGCACGAGAACGAUGAGGACGAAGAUGACGAGGAUGGGGAGGAAGACGAGGAGAACGCUGAGCUGGGCAGUGAUGAGGAUGAUAUUGAUGAGGAGGGGCAAGAGUACCUGGAGAUGCUGGCUAAGCAGGCGGGUGAGGAUGGUGAUGAUGAGGACUGGGAGGAAGAUGAUGCUGAGGAGACUGCUCUGGAGGGUUACACCACCGCUGUGGAUGACGAAGACAACCUUGUAGAUGAAUACCAGAUCUUCAAGGUCAUCCUGCAGAACAUCCAGACACGUGACCCAGCGUGGUACCAGGCACUCACGCAGAGUCUAGACGAGGAGCAAGGAAAACAGCUUCACGACAUUGGCACACUUGCAGACCAGAGACGGGCUGCUCAUGAGUCAAAGAUGAUUGAAAAGCAUGGUGGAUACAAGUUCACAGCUCCAGUGGUGCCAUCCAACUUCAAUUUUGGAGGAAAUGCUCCAGGACUGAACUGAGUUGCCCUCUUCCCCUUUCUAACUCUGUGACUGAUUGUAGUGAAGUGAAAAGGCUUGUGUUGUUCCCUCCAAUAGUGGUUCCAGGAACUGGUUCUUCUCACUCACCCUUCACACUGACUGUAUUGAACUGGACAUAGCACAGAAGAGGUGGAGAAAGCAACCAAAUGCCACCAGCGGCUGGGGAAGACCAAAUGGGGUGGGGAAAAAAGAAGUUUGGAACAGCAUUAUCUCAUGGAGUCCAAACUUCGGAGGAGACACCAUGAUGACGGCUUUUUUUUUCCUCCCAUAACAACAAUAUGGGGAUAAAACAAAUGAAUUGAAAUUGAAAAUGGGACUAAACAUUUCAUCAGGCUCAUGGUGUAUGCUCAAAUGCCACUUUAAAUUAAUAUUGGUGGCUGUAGUGUUUGUCUACAUUUUCGCAUCAACAAAUUCCCAUGUUUGUUAUGUAUAUAAGCCAAGGUAUUCAAGUAGCCUGACAAAACUACCUUGGGGAUUUCAAAGGUAUAAGCAAGUGUAUUCAUAUGUAGCAUAUUGGAUACUUGUCAUAGCACUACACAAUGCCUGAUAUCUGUAAAUUGAUGACUAGCACUUUCUUAUCGUUCAGGUCACCUAGUCUUCUGUAUCAGACUGCAAAAUUUUUUUACAUCAUUUGAGACUAUUUGAAAAGGAAAUGGCUGUGAACUUGUUACAUUGCAGGCAACUCGUAGUUAUGGCUGUUUACCACAUGUACUUUGUUACUGCAUUGAAUAAUCAGUGACAUCUCUCUCUGCUGCUAGAAAUGGCAACACUCUGGGCUCUGGGGAAAAGAAUGCUGUUUGUGUGCAGUUUAGAUGCAAAAUAAUUUGCAUUGUAAGCACUGAGAGUCAGGUUGAUUACUUAAUUGAAGCAUGUACAAUUGGACUUGAUCACAGAGCUCUCAAGUGUUUGGUUGGUGUAUGAACAGACCAUCUAUAUAUACAACAGUAUAUUAAAAAAGAAGUUGGGAUACAUGUGAAGAAGUGGUAAGCUCUGCAGUAUUAUACAUGUGAACUGUUCAGUUCCAGAAUGGAGGGUGAGGCACAUUCACUUUGGAAGGUCGAGCCAAGGUUCACAAACAAGCUUUUGGAAGUUUUUGUGUUAACGUAUCGUUCAACAUAAGACAAAAUUAAAAUAAAUACCUGUGUAGGUGUA